GUGACUUCCUGAUCUUCAAGUCAACUCUUGCAGGCGGCUGAAAUAAAAUAAAGGUGCAAAAACAUUUGAGGAACUUCACUCUUCUCUAUAUCGUUUAUCUGCCUGCUUGAAAGAACUGGAGAAAAUAGUUUCUGCCUCUCCUGACACACAGAGAUGGCUGCAGCUCUGACUGUCCUUCUCAUCGGCUGUCUGCUGCAAACUGCCCUGUGUGGACAGUUCAAGACCAUUAUACCACAGACUAUAAAAGUCCUGAGUGGAUCCUGUGUGACCAUCCCCUGCUCCUUUGAUGUAGAGGACCAGUAUAUCUCACGUAUUGAUGGAACAUGUAGAGCAAUGUGGAAAUCUGAGGAACAGACUGUUGUGUUUGACAGCAGUAAUCCACAAUCAAGUGCAAUACAAGGAGAACUGAAAGGAGACUUGACAAGAAGAGACUGCAGCACAACCCUGAACAACAUGAGACCUGAGCACAGCAAAGAAUAUUUAUUAAGAGUGCAAUGUGAUCACUUCAAACAUAGUUUUCGUGACCAGAAGUUGCACAUUUCAGUCACAGAUGAUCCACCCACACCGACUCUGACUCCGUCCACACUGAAGGUGGAGGAGGGAACCUCAGUGAGUUUGAAGUGCUCUGCUCCAGCUCCCUGUCUGUCUCAUCCUCCAGCUCUGACAUGGACCUCCAGCCUGGUUCACAUUCAGGAGUCACUGCAGGAGAAUCUGGACAGAACUAAAGUCCAGACCUCUGUUCUGACCUUCACUGCUUCUCGCCUUCAUCACGGAAAGAUAAUCUCCUGUACUGCAGUCUACAACAAACAAGAUGGCAGCUCUCAGUCAGUUAGCACCAGUUUGACAGCUGAUGUUUCAUUGUCUUCACAGUUUAUCAUCUUGCCACAGACUAUAGAGGUUCUGAGUGGAUCCUGUGUGACCAUCCCCUGCUCCUUUGAUGUAGAGGACACGUAUAAAUCAAAUGUGGAUGAAACAUGUAGAGCAGUGUGGAAAAAUGAUCAAGGGACUGUUGUGUUUAACAGCAGGGAUCCACAAACUACAGGACAUUUGACAGGACAUUUGACAGGAAACUUAACAAACAGAGACUGCACCACAACCCUGAACAACAUGAGACCUGAGAACAGCAUGAAGUAUUUUUUCGGACUUGAAUGCGACAAUGGCCUUAAAUAUGAUUUUAAAACAGGACAGAUGGACAUUUCUGUCAAAGAUGAUCCACCCACACCGACUCUGACUCCGUCCACACUGAAGGUGGAGGAGGGAACCUCAGUGAGUUUGAAGUGCUCUGCUCCAGCUCCCUGUCUGUCUCAUCCUCCAGCUCUGACAUGGACCUCCAGCCUGGGUCACAUUCGGGGCUCACUGCAGGAGAAUCUGGACAGAACUAAAGUCCAGACCUCUGUUCUGACCUUCACUGCUUCUCGCCUUCAUCACGGAAAGAUAAUCUCCUGUACUGCAGUCUACAACAAACAAGAUGGCAGCUCUCAGUCAGUUAGCAGCAGUUUGACAGCUGAUGUUUCAUGGUCUUCACAGUUCAUCAUCUUUAUACCACAGACUAUAAAGGUUCUGAGUGGAUCCUGUGUGAACAUCCCCUGCUCCUUUGAUGUAGAGGACAAAUAUAAAUCAAACGUGGAUGAAACAUGUAGAGCAGUGUGGAAACAUGAUCUACAGAAUGUUGUGUUUAACAGCAGGGAUCCACAAACUACAGGACAUUUGACAGGAAAGUUAACAAACAGAGACUGCACCACAACCCUGAACAACAUGAGACCUGAGAACAGCAUGAAGUAUUUUUUGAGACUUGAAUGCGAUGGUGUGCAAUAUAAUUAUUUACAAAGACAGGUGGACAUUUCAGUCACAGAUGAUCCACCCACACCGACUCUGACUCCGUCCACACUGAAGGUGGAGGAGGGAACCUCAGUGAGUUUGAAGUGCUCUGCUCCAGCUCCCUGUCUGUCUCAUCCUCCAGCUCUGACAUGGACCUCCAGCCUGGGUCACAUUCAGGACUCACUGCAGGAGAGUCAUGACAGAACUAAAGUCCAGACCUCUGUUCUGACCUUCACUGCUUCUCGCCUUCAUCACGGACAGAUAAUCUCCUGUACUGCAGUCUACAACAAACAAGAUGGCAGCUCUCAGUCAGUUAGCACAAGUUUGACAGCUGAUGUUUCAUACUCACCCAAAAACACCACAGUGUCAGUCUGUCCCUCUGGUCCAGUACCAGAGAACAGCAGAGUGACUCUGACAUGCAGCAGUACUGCCAACCCUGCAGUAAGGAGCUACACCUGGUACAGAGCUGACGGAGGUCAGGAGACUUUUAUUGGAGCUGGACAUGUUUUAAACAUUAAAGCUUCAAGAGACAUUGGUCCAUUUUUCUGCGGGGCAGAAAAUACUAUUGGAUCUGGACGGUCCAACAUCAGUCAAAUAGAUGUUCACAGUCCUGAACAGUAUCUUGGACCGUACAGUGGACUUCUUCUCUUGGCUGGUGCUGCUGUAUCUCUCUGUGUGAACGUCUUCUUCACAGUCUACGUGGUGAUCCUUUGCAAAGCAAGAAAGAGUGUGAAGCCAAAAGAGGAGGACAGAACCUACAUGUCACUGGAGCGUAGAGACUUAUCUCCAGAGUAUGACGUCAUCGGACACACUCCAAAAUGACCACGUCAGCUUCCUCUGACGAUGAGCCUGAUAAUUAUCAGAUAACAUAAUGAAAGGUUUUAUUGCUUUUUUCAUACUUCAUAUUUUGUUACUCUGCUCUCUCUUGAAAUGCUUCAAAUUCACACUUAGUUAUGAGUGUUUGAGUAUUUAUUUUUUGCUGAGAAACAUUCACGAAACAUUACAAGUAUAAAAUGUAAUUCAGAUGAAUACUUUCUCCAUGAAAACUUUCAUGUAAAAUGAUAUCAAGUCUGUUUCAAACUUCAUCAUAGUGUGCUUGAUUACACUAUAUGUUAAUGCUUCAGGUGGUGAGGUUUUCACUUCUGUUGGUCUUGAAGCUCAGCUGGUCUGCAGUAGUAGAUUUGAUUUAGAGUAGAAAAUACAUUUUGAAUGAAGAGACAAGACAUCGUUCUCGUGAUUUUCUUAAUAGGAAGUGAAAUAUUGUGAAGGAAUAUGGACAGAACAGGAUUCAUGUGGCACUUGAUGGAAGAAUCAAGACUCAGAAACAAAGUGUAAUUACAAAAUGACUGUCUCAACACUGAGCUUCAUCUAGCAAUACUAGAGAAUGUCCUCCCAAACAGAGUAACGGCACGUGUUUUGGCAAAUACUCUCUGGAGUCCAUGGUAAAUAUAGGGCAAAGGAGUGUGAGGGAAAUGCCCCUUUAUUAUUUUGAUAUGUUCUUGUAUAUGAAAUGUAAGAAAUACUGUCAAUAAUAUAGAGUGCAUAGGUGAGAACUCAGUUAAGUAUGUAUAUAUUGAGAUAAUGUGUAACCUGAGGUCGAUGUGGAGAUGGUGGGAAUUGUUUUUGUGAGUUCACAUGUAACCUUGUGACUGCUGCAAUUGUGCAUAUUGGGUUCUGAUAUUAUAAAAUGAUAAGGAGAGACGCCUCUCUUCAGUCAUCAUCUAUGUGCAGCUGAUGAGUGACUCUUGCUUGCAAACAAUAAAGAACUUCUAGAA